CAAGUGGCAACCAAUUGAAAAAAAUGAUUCCCUAAAUCCAAACACAAACGGACAACUACCAACUGCUCCAUACGUAAUAUCAAAUAUAAUAGAAGAAAGAAAUUUGAUUCUUUAGAAAUGUGUGGAACGGAAUCUAAAUGUGAAUAUCUGAAAACAGUGUGAGAGAAACAGAGGAAUUCUUACUUUUCAGAUGGAAGCGAAAACCGAAGAAUCCAGUAAUGAAUACGCCGCUGAUAUUUCUUCGAUUAAAGAAGCACAGGAACGCAUCAGCGCUUACGUCUACAAAACUCCGGUCUUGUGCUCCGAAACCCUCGAUUCUAUCUCCGGAAGGAAUCUUUACUUUAAAUGUGAAUGCUUCCAGAAAGGGGGAGCUUUCAAGUUCAGAGGGGCAUGCAAUGCCGUGUUUUCACUUACGGAUGAUGAAGCAGCCAAUGGGGUCGUGACACAUAGCAGCGGUAAUCAUGCAGCAGCACUUUCGUUGGCUGCAAAAAUAAGAGGAAUUCCCGCACAUAUAGUCGUUCCGAAAAAUGCACCGAAAUGCAAAGUCGAGAACGUCGUCCGUUAUGGUGGUCAAGUUAUUUGGAGUGAGGCUACGUUGCAGUCGAGGGAGGAGGUUGCUCGGAAGGUUCUAGAAGAUACCGGUGCUGUUCUUAUCCAUCCGUAUAAUGAUGCUCGUAUCAUAAGUGGGCAGGGAACCAUAUCGCUAGAGCUUUUGGAGCAGAUUCCUCAAAUCGACACGAUCAUAGUUCCGAUAAGCGGUGGUGGUUUAAUCUCGGGGAUAGCUUUAGCUGCCAAGUCUUUAAAUCCCGCGAUUCGAAUAUUUGCUGCCGAACCAAAGGGAGCAGAUGAUGCUGCUCGGUCCAAAGAAGAGGGCGCUAUCGUAAUUUUACCAGAGACAAAUACCAUUGCCGAUGGUCUUCGAGCUUCUCUUGGAACACUCACAUGGCCUGUUGUUCGGGAUUUGGUGGACGGGGUAAUUGUUGUGGAGGACAAAGAGAUAAUCGAAGCAACCAGACUAUGUUACGAAACUCUGAAGGUUGCGGUGGAGCCAAGUGGGGCCAUCGGCCUUGCGGCUGUUCUUUCCGAAAGCUUCCGGAAUAAUCCCGUUUGGAAAGACUGCAAAAAUGUGGGGAUUGUGCUUUCAGGAGGGAAUCUUGAUUUGGAUGUACUGUGGGAAUCUUUAAAAAACAGAAUAUGAAGUGUAAGAACGAUUCAAUUGUAAAUACCGAUAAUUCCUUGUCAUAUUCGGGGGAAUGAAUUUAACUCGUAUUGUAUUCGAGUCUAAAUUAUUUUGCUGCUGCAUACGCUUGUUUUUUUUUCAAUCCAAACGCAACCUUAGAUAUUAUUUCGUAUCUUGUGAGUGAUUUAUUUAUCUUCGAU